AAUGUGCGGGCGGCGAGACCCCCGGGCAGUGGGGGGCAGAGGGAGGCAGCGGCCGGAGGGCGGCUCGCCGAGCCGGCGACGUGAGGGCAGUGCUGCCGCCGUGAGUCCGACCUGGGAAGCCACCGCGCCGGGGCUGGUGACUGGAGAAGGCCGGGGCCCGGGGAGUUACAGAGAAGAUAGCUCGCUGUAAGUUGAUCUUGCCCAGCUGACCAGGAUGUCGGCCGCUGUGGACCCCAACCUAAAGAGCCGCGAGGAGCAGGAUGCAGAGCUGGACCGGAGGAUUGAAGCUCUGAGGAAGAAGAACGAGGCCCUGAUGAGGAGACAUCAGGAAAUUGAAGAAGACCGGAAGAAGGCAGAAGAAGACGGCAUCUCUGUGACCACCCGGAGACCCAAAUAUGAGGCGGAGUAUGACCGUAGGCAGAAUGGGAAAGGAGUCCCGGUGGUGGCUGGUGAUCUCAGUCGACCCCUCCCUGAGAAGUGGAUGACGAAUGACAGGAAAGCUCGCAGCAGUCUGGGUUCACCCGGCCGAGGGGGUUGGGUGGGGAGCCCCACGUCCCCCGGCCCCAGACCCUCAGUAGACCAGACCGCCCACUACAGCUCUCCCAGCGGCCGGCCUGACAGGACGCUGCGCACUGACCGUUCCACGCCGAACUCGCGAGGUUUCGCCGGCCCCGAGGGGGAGCGGAGAGGUCGAGGCAGGAGGGGCCGUGGAGGCCGAGGAGGGGGUGGGAUGGACGGAGGAGUUCCCACUGGAGUUUCACUGCAGGACAGAAGAGUAAAGGAGUGGGAAGAAAAGCGACGGCAGAACAUCGAGAAAAUGAACGAAGAGAUGGAGAAGAUCGCGGAGUACGAGAGGGGUCAAAUGGAUGGCACUGGGGAGAGAAACCCCAUGCGGAACUUCCUGGAUGACCCGCGACGUCUGGGCUCCCUUCCCGACGGCGACAGGAAGGACGGCAGCCGCCGACACGUGCGCAACUGGGGCGGGCCCGACUUCGACAAAGUGAAGACCGGGCUUGACCGUGGCAAGGACCAACGGGGCAGGCACUCUGGUGCCAAGGACCAUAGCAGGGUGGACAUGACCCUCUCCAUGACCGGACGGGAGAGAGCGGAGUAUAUGCGCUGGAAGAAGGAACGAGAACAGAUUGACCAGGAGAGGUUGGCUCGGCAUCGCAACGCUACGGGGCAGUGGAGACGCGAGUGGGACGCUGAGAAGACAGAAUCUAUGUUCAAGGUUCAAGGUUCACAUCCUGUUGAAAAAAGCAGUACUAGAGAUGAACAUAGACCACCCAAGCCUCCAACAAUUUCUGACUUUAUCUUUCAAUCCAAAAGUAAGGAUUCCAAGAAGGGGAAAGUCAAACGCAGGGAGAAGAACUACAGCAUGCAUGAUGAUCGCUGGGAAACACCUGAAGCUGAAGUGGAGGAGAAACAGGAGAAGGAGUUGAAAGCCCCACCUCCCAAGCACUCUGAGAGCAAGGUCGAUGUGGAUGAGUCUCCUGCAGAUGAUGCUGAUGAUGACGAUGAUCAAUGGGAAGACGCCAGCGACAGUGAAGAGGAGAUUGUUGGAGAGGAUGUGUCAGAGGGCGAGGAGGAGGCAGAGGAUUUGAAUGAGGAAAAGAAGAAAGAUGGUGGAGGAGCAAAGAAGCAGGAGGUGCAGAGCAAUGACCAAAGUCCAGAGGUUGAAGCCAAAGACCAGCGAGUCAGGAAGUCCCGGGAGACACCCAGACUACACAUCAAAGAUGAUGCCGAGAUCCCAGCAGAUACAGAAUCCAAACCCCUCAGUCCGUUCUCGCUUGAAGGAUAUCAUCCGGUCAAAGACUGGGCAGAGGAAGUAGAAAUCGCUUCGCCCAGAACCAAUGUGUUACAGAAUCCCCUCCAGUCUGCCUCCACCGGCAAAUCUUCCCAGGAUGACAUCAGGGCUAAUGCAGAGUUGGAGCCUCAGGUCGCCCCUACCGACUGUGAUCCUCCCCCCUCCAGAGAACACGCUGGGCAGGGGUCCAUGGCUGCCACUGAGCCUGGUGAGAUUGGAGGCCAAGAUCUUCCCGCUGCGAGGCCAGAGCAGGAAACUGAGCGCACCGCUGACAACACGGCCACCAUAGAAGCAGUGGAAGUGGAGGGAGAAGCAAGGUCAAGGACGGAGGUCAGCGGACAUGCAGGCGAAGCUACCAGCGACACGUCGCAGAGGACGGACUGUGUGGAAGGAAAUGAGCCUAUCUCAGGUUGACUGACUUGUGGAUGAGGACAUCUACUUCAAUCCCUGUGUGGAAAGGCACGGAAUGAUUUGUUGAAAUGUAUUAUAUCAUGUCUCCAAACUAGUUGGACUGAGGCGAGAAAUUAGUGGAUUCGGAACGGAGAUUCUUAAAAUAUCAGCAGAAGUUAUUUUAUUUACACCAGAGGGCUCUCUUCACUUUUUCCAAUUGCUAGUUAAACUGCAGCCUCUUUCUGCAUUUUGUCCUCACCACCGGCACAAGAAGUUUUAACAAACUAGAAACAGGCGUGUCUUUGUCGUGAGGCGAAGGGAACUGUUAGAAUUGUAUAUUUUUGUGUCUAAUCUGGGCAAUGCUGUGGUGCAAUAAAUACUUUGAAUCAAAUGGUGACGUGGAGUUGAACAG